UUCAUUCUCUCUCCUGAAAAUGGAAAAAGCCAUGGACUUCACUACCCUCGAAAUAGUUCAGAAAUUCCCAAACAGUCCCGUCUUCCAUCUCUUCCUUAACAACCCCUCUCGCCACAACGCUCUCACCCUUCCCUUCUUUUCCGAAUUCCCAAAAGCAAUCUCUCUACUGGACGAAUCUCCUUCCGUCCGUCUCAUCGUACUCUCCGCUCGCGGCAACAACUUCUGCUCCGGAAUCGACGUCUCCGUCCUAGAUGUUAUAUCCAAGCCCCAACAGUCCAACGAUGCUGGACGGAUCAGAGAACAACUCUAUCGCCAGAUCAAGGGCCUGCAGGAAUCUACAAAAGCCCUAGAGCAGUGCCGGAAGCCGAUAAUCGCCGAAAUAAACGGUGCUUGUAUCGGUGGCGCAAUCGAUAUCGUAGCAGCAUGUGAUAUCAGGUAUUGCACUGAGAAGGCCUUCUUCGUGGUGAAGGAGGUGGAUAUGGCCAUCACAGCUGACAUUGGUGCACUCCAGCGGCUGCCCAGGAUCGUGGGGUUUGGGAAUGCGAUGGAAAUGAUCCUGACAUGCAGGAAGAUCAACGGACGGGAGGCCAAGGAGCUGGGCCUCAUCUCCAAGGUCUUUGCCUCCAAGGAGGAGAUGGAGGAAGGGGUCAGAGUAAUUGCUGAGGCGAUCGCAGCGAAGUCGCCUCUCACAGUCGCCGGGACCAAACAAGUGAUGCUCAAAAGCAGGGAUCUGACCAUCAAUCAGGGCUUGGACUACGUGGCCGUGUGGAACGCAGCGAUGCUUCUUUCGGAUGAUCUGGACGAGUCCAUCGCGGCCCAUAUCCAAAAGAGAAAGCCCAUCUACGCAAAGCUCUAAUAGUAAUUAUAAUCUUCUUAAUAAACAAUUGUAUGUUAUUGAUCUAUAAGAACAAUGCUAAAAAGCAGUCUCGAAUUAUAAAAUGAUGAAGACAUGACUCGGUCUGAUAUCAGUGUGGUGAUUCGU